AUGAACGGCAUUAUCCUAUGUAUUGCCUUGUUCGAGAUCAUCCCGCUUUAUGAGAUCUUCCCACUGGGCAUCAUCCACGGGAUCGUCUCUGGUGGCUUGGAAUCAUACUGCCGGUCCUUCUUUGGGCUUUUAAUUCCUCCUGGCAGCGAGGCGGCUUUCUAUGCCCUGUACGCAGCUACUGACAAGGGAAGCUCAUUUAUCGGGCCCGCUGUGAUCGGCAUUCUCAUUGAUGCAACUGGCCAGGUGCGGACCGGUUUCUUCUUUAUUGCUGUGCUGAUCGUGUUGCCCAUUCCAUUAGUUUGGAUGGCGAAUGCCGAGAAGGGUCGUCGCGAUGCUUUGGUCAUGGCGGAUUCUCUCAAAAAUGGGCAUAAAUCGCACAGAGAAGCUACUGAUGGUGCUCAGAAGGCUGAGGGAUUGCUGGCCCGUGAGUCGUAA